CGCUCGGCUCCCGGGCCCCGAGCCUCUACUCCUUUGACACAAAGCGAGCACACCCAAAUUGCACCCAUCACCAAUUCGCCAAUCACUCACCCGAGCCGAACAAAUCGAAUCGAAUCGAAUCGAAUCGCGGGGAGCGCGCACGCGCAGCGAUCGCCGGCGAUGGCGAGCCUCACCUUGCCGCCGGCGCCCACCAACCCACGCCAGGACGCCAUCGACCUACACAAGGCCUUCAAAGGGUUUGGUUGCGAUAGUACAGCAGUAACAAACAUACUUACUCACCGCGAUUCGGUGCAACGGGGACUCAUUCAACAGGAAUACAGGACUAUGUAUCAUGAGGAACUCUCUCAGCGUAUUUCAUCUGAACUCAGUGGACACCACAAGAAAGCUAUGUUGCUGUGGAUUCUUGAUCCUGCUGGACGUGACGCAACUGUUUUGAGAGAAGCUCUGAGUGGUGACACUAUUGAUCUGAGAGCAGCCACUGAGAUAAUAUGUUCCAGGACACCAUCGCAGCUGCAAAUAAUGAAACAGACUUAUUUUGCAAGAUUUGGUACUUAUCUUGAACACGACAUUGGUCACCAGACAUCCAGCGAUCACCAGAAGCUUUUACUUGCCUACGUGGGGAUUCCUCGCUAUGAAGGUCCUGAGGUUGAUCCUACUAUAGUGACACAUGAUGCAAAGGACUUGUACAAAGCUGGUGAGAAAAAGCUGGGCACAGAUGAGAAGACCUUCAUCCGCAUUUUUACUGAACGCAGUUGGGCCCACUUGGCAUCGGUUGCUUCUGCUUACCAUCACAUGUAUGACCGUAAAUUAGAGAAGGUUAUCAAGGGUGAAACAUCUGGAAACUUUGAAGUUGCACUUUUAACUAUCCUUAGAUGCGCAGAGAAUCCAGCGAAGUAUUUCGCUAAGGUCUUACGAAAGGCCAUGAAAGGUCUAGGUACUGAUGACAGAACACUUGUAAGGGUUGUGGUAACGAGGACUGAGAUUGAUAUGCAAUAUAUCAAGGCAGAGUACUACAAGAAAUACAAGAAGCCGUUAGCCGAGGCUAUCCAGUCCGAAACAUCAGGAAACUAUCGGACAUUCCUUCUUUCGCUUGUUGGUCAUGGCCAUUAGGCUCUGUUUCCACCAUGGGACAUAAUAAUUCCAUCACUCCGCCCUAAAUGCAGUGACCUACCUGGAAAAUGUAUGAUGUCGCCAUUUCUGUUGUGAACUUGUCUAACUGCCGGCUAUGGUAUGCUUGUUUAAACCGUUCGUGUAUAUAAUUUGGAUCUGGGGGUUUUGGUUGGAAAAUUCUGGACGAGGCACUAGAACGAAUGCUGGUUACAGUGGGUUGGCUUGUGUCUCCAAUAAAACCAAGAUGUGAUGUCA